AAUCACUUUGCAGAUGAGUGUUCUUGGAGCUAUUGCUAAAGGCGCACUUCGUCAACAUAAGAACCUAGAAAAAGCCCCGAAAAUUGUGACAGGAAUCCUACGAACGUUGCAGAAAAACAAUGACGCGUUGGAGCUCAUUAUUCAAAGAGGAGAGCAAAGGAAACCGUUGAUUAUCCCCUUAGUUUGGCUGAGAGAUCACUGUCGCCAUCCGCGCAAUUACAAUGAAGUAACAAAACAAAGGAAAUCAAAUGCUGUGGACAUUCUGGAGAAAGCUACAAUUGAUGAGACCACACAAAGUGUUAAUAUCACUGACGGAACAACCCUGGCUGUUCGUUGGAAGGAUGGACUGGAGUCAGAAUUUCACAUCAACGAUCUCAUCGAGUCAGCUUUAUUCGACCAAAAGCCAGAAACUAGAGGAAUCAACCUGUGGAAGAAAUUGAACGCGGAUGAGUUACCACGCCUAGAAAUGUCAUCGCUCAACAUGAAGUCAUUUGUUGAAAUGUUCGUUAAAUAUGGCUUCGUCAUGGUUGAUGGUGUUGAAGCCACAGCAGAAGCAACCGAAGCUCUCUGCAAAAAAAUCGCUCCCAUCCAUGAUACGUUCUUUGGUGCUUUUUGGGUGUUCAGCAAUCAAACACAGGAGAACGGGGAAGAAUAUCAUGAGGAUACUGCGUACGGGAACGAAGAGAUAGGGCCACAUACUGAUGGGACAUAUUUCAAUCAAACGCCGGGUGUACAGGUAUUUCACUGCCUUCACCCUGCUGAAGAAGGAGGUGACACUCUGCUGGUCGAUGGUUUCCGUUGCGCAGAUUCAUUGAAGAAGGCAAAUCCGGGCGCGUUUGAAAUGCUCUCGAAGCGAAAGAUCGAGCACCACUAUAUCGAGGGUGAGAACACGAGCGGUGCACUAUAUUCCACAUCGUUGGAGAAAUCGGUAAUUGAACUGGAUUCUCAAGGCAAUAUGGUGCAAAUCAGAUUCAAUCCGUAUGAUCGUGCUCCGUUCCGUGCACUGAAAGAAGGGGAAGAUUCCAUACUGUAUGCUAGAGAUGCGUUAGCUUACUAUCAAUCCUACUCUGCAUUUUCCUCGAUCUGUCAUGCACCGGAAAACUCAACAGCAAUAUCUCUUCGACCGGGCACGGUCAUAUUCCUGGAUAAUUACCGGGUUCUGCAUUCGCGAACAAGUUUCAAGGGAUGGCGUCAGAUGUGUGGAUGUUAUCUUUCCCGCGACAACCUCAUGGCCAAAGCUCGUCCUCUUCUUCCAACGAAGAUUCGACGUUUUAUAUGAAAUGAACAAAAGGCAUGACUUUUUGAUAGAUCUGAUUUUAUUUAUUGUUUUAGGGAUGACGAAAAAUAAAAAUCACAGUGA